CAAUUUACAUUUUUGUUAAAAAUGACUAGUUUUCGGGAGAUGCGUUUCGAUGAUUUAUUCAAAAUUAAUUCUUUAGUAUUCGAUGCUUUCACGGAGGUCUAUAGCUUGACCUUCUUUGUCAAGCAUCUCCUCGAGUUUCCAGGACUUUCGCAGAUUGCUGAAGCUCCAGGUGGCAAACGUAUGGGUUAUAUAUUUGGGCAGUUUCUGACCAAGAAAGUUAAAGAACCACAUGGUCAUGUAUCAGCAUUAACGAUAUCUCCGGAUUAUCGACGCUUGGGAGUGGCUACUGCCCUAAUGGAUUAUUUUUUCAUGAUGUCGGAUCUCAAAGGCGCCUCUUUCGUGAACCUUUUCAUGCGAACUAGCAAUCAGGCCGCCUAUAAACUGUAUUCCUCCAUGGGCUAUGCUCAUUGCCAAACUUUCGUGGACUAUUACCCCGAUAACCCGGAACCGGAGGAUGCUUACGAAAUGAGGAGAUACAUACCCAGACCUAUGGAGGUUCGUUAGGCAGGACUUCCGCGUUGCCAAACAUGUGUCUUCCAUAGACAUUUUAGUUUUAUUUUCGGAUUACAUACCAAAUUAAAGAUAAUCAAUUGAGGUGAAUUUUCAACGAAA